AUGGUGGGUAGCAUGGUGGGAUUAAGUGUGGCCUUCGUUCGAGUUGUGUGUGAGGACUUCCUCCAGGAUGUCUCUGCCUCCACUAAGAGCCUCCAAGAGCUGCUCUCAGCCCACAGCUUGUCCUCUUGGGGGGCUGAGGUGAAGGUCGAGCCUGUUGAGGUGGUUGCCCCCAAGGGGAAGUCAGCUGUACCCUCCAAGAAGAGCAAGGGCCUUGUCAAGGAGGAAGGUAUCAACAAGUCUGAAAAGAGGAUGAAAUUAACUCUGAAGGGAGGAGCACCUGUUGAUCCUGACUCUGGUCUAGAACAUUCUGCACACGUCCUGGAGAAAGGCGGGAAGGUGUUCAGUGCCACACUUGGCCUGGUGGACAUUGUGAAAGGGACCAACUCCUACCACAAGCUGCAACUUCUGGAGGAUGACAAGGAGAGCAGGUACUGGAUCUUCCAGUCCUGGGGCCAGGUAGGCACAAUUAUCGGCAGCAAUAAGCUUGAACAGAUGCCAUCCAAAGAGGAUGCUGUUGAGCACUUCAUGAAAUUAUAUGAGAAGACUGGAAAUGCCUGGUACUCCAAAAACUUCACAAAGUAUCCCAAAAAGUUCUACCCUCUGGAGAUUGACUAUGGCCAGGAUGAGGAGGCAGUGAAGAAGCUGACGGUAAAGCCUGGCACGAAGUCGAAGCUCCCGAAGCCGGUGCAGGAGCUCGUCGGGAUGAUCUUUGACGUGGAGAGCAUGAAGAAGGCCUUGGUGGAGUAUGAGAUUGACCUUCAGAAGAUGCCCUUGGGGAAGCUGAGCAGAAGGCAGAUCCAGGCCACCUACUCCAUCCUUGGUGAGGUCCAGCAGGCAGUGUCCCAGGGCAGCAGUGACUCCCACAUCCUGGAUCUCUCCAAUCACUUCUACACCCUCAUCCUCCAUGACUUCAGAAUGAAGCAGCCCCCACUCCUGAACAAUGCGGACAGUGUGCAGGCCAAGGUGGAGAUGCUGGACAACCUCUUGGACAAGGUGGCCUAUAGUCUUCUCAGGGGUGGGUCUGAUGAUAGCAGUAAGGACCCCAUCGAUGUCAACUAUGAGAAGCUCAAAACUGACAUUAAGGUGGUUGACAGAGAUUCUGAGGAGGCUGAGGUCAUCAGGAAGUAUGUUAAGAACACUCAUACAACUACACACAAUGCCUAUGACCUGGAAGUGAUAGGUAUCUUCAAGAUAGAGCGUGAGGAAGAGAGCCAGCAUGACAAGCCCUUUGAGCAGCUUCACAAUCGGAGGUUGCUGUGGCAUGGGUCCAGGACCACCAACUUUGCUGGCAUCUUGUCACAGGGUCUGCGGAUAGCCCCGCCUGAGGCACCUGUGACAGGCUACAAGUUCAGAAAAGGGAUCUACUUUGCCGACAUGGUAUCCAAGAGUGCAAACUACUGCCACACAUCUCAAGGAGAUCCAAUUGGCUUAAUACUGUUGGGAGAAGUUGCCCUUGGAAACAUGUAUGAACUCAAACAUGUUUCACAUAUCAGCAAGUUACCCAAGGGCAAGCACAGUGUCAAAGGUUUGGGCAAAACUACCUCUGACCCUUCUGCCAGCAUCACCCUGGAGGGUGCAGAGGUUCCACUGGGGACAGGGAUCCCAUCAGGUGUUAAUGACACCUGCCUGCUGUAUAACGAGUACAUUGUCCAUGACAUUGCUCAGGUGAAUCUGAAAUAUCUGCUGAAACUCAAAUUCAACUUUAAGUCAUCCCUGUGGUAAAGUGUGAGGGGUGGGCUGUGCCCAGCACCCAAGGCCUAGGGGGUCACUCCCCCGGUGCCUGUGCACCAGACACCACAAAACCUCAGCCAUGCGGCCACCUAAGGUGGCACCCUCACCGAAUCUCCUUAGGAAGGGUUUUAU